AUGAAUCGCAGUACGACGGUACUUCUUCGCGAUUUGGAUGAGGAAGAUAAAUCUCAAGAAAAUCAAGGUUUGCCUUUGUCGCUUCUCCGACAAUUUUCAACCAAGGAGAGAGGAGUUGCAAGGCGUCGCCAAACCAUGACGAGCAUCUUGCGAAGAAGCAUUUCAGAUUCAGUGGAAAGAAAUCUCUGUUACCGUGUUGGUUUGCAUCAGGUAUUAAAUAAUGUAAUGACAAAACUGGGACACGAAAAUCGAUAAAGAGCUGAAAAAUUUACAGCAGCGAAAAGUCGGAAAGAAGUUAGUAAGACACUGAGACAUCAUUUUAUCCGAAGGUGUAUUAUUACCAUCUCUCCCUGUGCGUAAAUCAUUCCGUGGUGUAGCCUACAGCGUCAUUGGAAGAUGUGAGGCUCAACUGAAUACUAACGAAAAUCUUACAUUUUUUAUAUGUGUGGGGAGGAAAAGUUAACAUCCUUCACUGUUAUUCGUUGUAUUUCAAUUUCACUUGCUGCUCAAACGCUGAAUCACAAUUGAGUAUUUAUUGCUGACCAGUUUCAUAAGAAAUAAUCAGAAGAAAUCGACUCAAUACUAAACUCAAAAUGGAUGUGACCAUCAAGUCUCUGAAAAAUUUUUUUUAAUCUUGUUUACUAGUAAUCUCAAGGAAUUUUGAAAAAAAUAAAAGAGAAGUAGAUAUGACAUGUGCGAUAUCGACUUCAGCAGAAUGAAAUAUUUUUCCAUAUCACAUGGAAUGCGCCAUACAAUGAUAAUCUAAAAUUUGCAUACAAUGAUAAUCUCCGUUCUUUUGAGAAUGUGUAAUUGCUGUUAAGGACAACGGGUGAUCUCUUGGAAAAGGAAUGAAAGCUUCCACCGAUCUGUAAAUUAAUAAUUAAUUUUUCAUGGAACAAUGAUUUGUAAUUUGAUUCAACUUUAGAUGACGUUAAAAUAUACAUUUAUGUUCUAUCAUCGAUCAUUCGCUCUGAUAAUUUUCUCAUUGGGGAGGAGAAAUCCAUUAUAUGCUGAAAUCAUUUCUUGAUUUUCAAAAAAUAUAUACUUAUAUGUUUUAAUUCGUACAGAGAAACACCUCGAAACCAUUGUCACCUACAUUAAGCUUCGUUUGCUCACACUUUUACUAAAAAAUUUUUUUCUUCGUUGACAGGCCUGUCGGGAUGGUCUCAUUGAUAUCGUUCGAGCAUUACAACAGAGAGGUGUACCUACCAUCAACACCUUAGACAAGGAUGGGUUGGCCCCAAUCCAUUACGCAGCCCGUUAUGACCACGAAGAGAUUGUGCAGCUACUAAUUGAGGGAGGUGCAGGUAAUAUUUCAUCCGGAUAUUGUUUCAUUUUCUCUGCGAUAGUUUUCCCUCGAAAAUUUCUUUUUUUUGUGUGGCAAAUCGUCGCCCAUUACUCUCGAUGACAAGGGUCUUCUUUUCAGUGUCGUCAUUAUAUUCCGUUUCAUGAUAGGAAAACUUAUACCGCUCAUACAUUAUACAAUACCUAACUAUAAAUAAGGUAAACAUACCUUUUAAUGUUUUAGAUCUUGACAUAUUCUCUGGCUGUGAAAGCAAAUUUACUACACCUCUUCAAAUCGCAGCAAGAUUCAACAGUCCUGCCACAGCUCGGUUGCUGGUACUGAAUGGAGUAGAUGUAGCAAAGCAGUCAAGUUAUGGACAACAAGCUUUACACUAUGCUGCAAGAAGAGGAAACUUAAAAGUCGUUCAGGUGGGUUUUGGAAAUAUCGCGAACUUUUGAACUCUAAAACUCCCUCGAUCCAAGAUAACAUGAAAAUUACCAGACAGAUAACUUUAUAACAAUAUCUCAGUUAUCUAUUCUGUGUGCAUGUUUUAAUUUAGGUUCUGCUCAGAGAAGGAAAAGCAGAGGUAAAUGCAGAGGACAAUGAGAAUUCCACCCCACUACAUGCUGCAUCUCAAGAGGGAAAGCUAGAUGUUGUCGAAAUUCUGGUGAGGGUAUUAUCGCAACGCAGAAAAAGAUGGGACCGCGGAGUAGCAGUCGAUCGUGUAUUCUGAUAUAAUACAGUCCUUAAAAAGGGCUGGAGACGUUAACAACGAAUGACUUUACGUCAACAUGAACAAAGGUUAUCAUCCGACUUACGAGGGAAAUUGUUUGUCAACGAGUGUUAACAGUCAAAUUCAUUAUACUGAAUUGAUUGGUCAGUUUUCGCCUUAAUGCUAUUGGCUGUAAGACUCUAGUAGCGUAAGUCAGUUGUGAUAGGUCAGUUUGAUCUUUUUGGUAAGGUCGGCUUGUUACCGUCUUUGGUUCAUUGAUUAUGUUAGUGUGUUAACUGUUCUGUUCUGUUCCCUUAGCUGCAAUAUGGCGCCGACCCGAGUUUAAGUGAUAACGACGGAUACACUGCAGUGCAUUUAGCAGCUAAAGAUGGAUACGAUGAUGUGUUAGAAAAACUACUUUCCACAGGUGAAAAAUCGGAAAUUCAAGUAGUCUGUUCCUUAAUUUUGUAAUUUAUAGUUCAUCUCGAUGAUCUAAAAAUUUUAAAACGCCUUUGGUUCGCACAAUUGAGAAUUGUUGAGCCAGGAUCUAUUUCAAAUUACACGAGCUCACAGUCAAAAUAUCUCAAUGGUGUAUGUUCAUAGAAUAACUGUUUCCAGAGAAGAACAAGACAUAAUUUUACGCAAGUAAGGUAUCAUAUUAGGGAAAUAUUACAUUUUUUAAAACUGAAAUUUUCCUUCAGCGAAAACCUGUGGUGUAUCAUGUCCAGCUAUUUUGAACAAAAUGGAUAAUGAUGCCAACUCAUGUCUGCAUCUGGCUGUCAGACAUGGCCAUAUUAAAGUAAGCUUGAUAUACUUCUGUUUAUUCGUUUGAAUGAUUGUAGUAUAUUAGAGGUGUGAUCUAGUUUCUCUUUUUUUCUGAACAGUAUUCCUUUUUUCCACUUCUUUUUCAGUCGGCAGAGGUUUGUAUAAAAUACGGCGCUGAUACAUGCGCAGUGCAGGUAAAGUUGAUUAAUUUACAAUCCCAAAAGUAGCAAAUUAACAUUCGACAAACGGUGACGCGAUCCAUUGCUUACAGAGGGCCAAAGUGUUUGAAAGUGUUCGUCUAUCCUAGCUUUUUAGAUUUUUUGUUUUCUAUAUAAAGAAUAGAUAUUGCUGUCAUAAAGCAACUUCUAUAAUCGCGAACUAACGAUUUAACAAACGCUUCUGAAAGAUACCUAGUGCCGAGUCAAGAGAGUAGAUGUAUGAUUACUGGUUUGGAAUUCAGUCUCAAUCGCAGUUCUUAUUCACAUAGGAUGAUUUGUCGUCUCCUCUUCAUGUUGCCUGUGUGAAUGGUUAUUAUGAGAUUGCAAAACUUCUCCUGUUGAACGGGGCCAACAUACACGAUGAAGACGCAGAAGGAAUGACGCCCAUUUUGAGGUAAAAAGUAAACAGAUGUUUAAAUCAUUUAGGAAUUAUUUCAUAAUCAUUGCAUCAAUUAAAGUUGCAUUUCUCUCAUGAAUGUAAUUAUCUUUUUUUUUCUUUCGAAACUCGUCACAGGGCGUCACUGACUGGAAAUGUAGAAAUUCUCGAUCUUCUUCUCUCAGAGGUGAGUGUUUAUUUCCCUCAGUGUGUGGUUGCUCUGAUGGUCAGCGUGAAAAACUUUUCCCGGCACGCCUAAUUACCAAAUGAGCUACAUGUUUUUGGAAGUUCCAACAUACCUGCUACACUAUUUAAGUUCUAACUACACAUCUAGUCUGAAAUGUCUUGCGAUGCUUUUUCUCUACACAAGGGAGCUGAUAUUUCAUCUGAAGAGAACACUUAUUCCCCCUCACCACUGAUGUGUGCAGUAAAGAGAGGCCAUCCCAAUGCAGUCAGAUUUCUAUUACAACGCGGCUCACCCAUUGACCUGAGAGACGUAAGUCACAGGACUUCUCUUCACGUUGCUGUUUUUAGCUCUGAUGCUGAGACACUGAAAGUACUUCUUCAGGUAAAUCUUGAUUGACUUUGAGUGAUUGUUGUGAUUAUGACAUCUGAACCCAAGGUAGACAGGAUUCUUACGACUCAGAGCUGAAAAAUAACAAUUAAGACAAGCAAGGGAAAUGUAACGAGUAGGCAACUUAGACCUCUACUGCAACGGGUGGGAUUAUCCAAGUUUACAAUAUAUCGUGCGUUACUUUGCUUUAUAUAAAAAAUCAUAACUAUAAGAAAUUCGAGUUUAUAUUUAUUUCUAGUCAUUUUUGGUUUCCACGAUUUUAAAUGCACACACGUGCCUGCUCAAAUAGGCGUAUCUGCUCUACUGCACAAACAAGACACCCAAAAUUACUUUUCAAUUUGCUUCGAGUACAUGGUUGAGUACAUAAGAUUCCCCUUAGGCAAAAUUUUUUGUAUCGAAGGAUCUCCUCAUGUCAGGAAAGACUCAUUGAGUUAAUGCAGGUGUGAUGUAAUUGCCCUUUCCCUUUGUUCUUGGCACUUUCACGUCAACAGUUUUAUAUGUAUUCGCUAAUGCCACAUAUUGUGACCGAAUGCAGGCCGGGGGAGAAUGUUUGUUAAACAGCAGGGACAAAAACGAUCAGACACCACUCCACUAUGCAGCGACUAAAGGAAGUUUACAGGUAAAACAGUUGUCUGAACGCAUAGGCUACAGUGCUGGAGCUACCACAUCAGGCUUAUUUACAUUUCUGUCUCUUUCUCUCUUCUCUCCUUUUUCUUUUCUUCAAAUAGCUCAUUCAAGAGCUUCUCAAAACUGGGGCCAAAGUCGACGUCAAAGAUGAAGACGAAAGGAUUCCUCUUCAUUAUGCUGUGGAGUAAGUAAUGCAAAAUAAGCUGCAGUGUUUUUUUCUUGUAAAUUCAAUCGAUACUUCCAGCCACCAUAACAGCAAGACACCGAACGUGUGACCUGAUGUUAAACACGUUGUACAGUGGAUCCCUGAUUUAAGUCCUAUAUUCUAUUCUGAUUUCCAUAAGGUUGAGAUGAGAAUAUCUUAUUAGACGUUUUGGUGUGUAGUGUCGCUGAGUAUUUUUACGAUACUGCAUACCAAAACUUUUAAUAAGUUAUUUAUUAUCCAACUGCUUUAAUUCAUGAGCAUUUGUUAUAAAGUGGGGAAAGCGAAGCAGAUAGAGAGGCAUAGCGCGCGCAGCCGACAGGUUAACCCUUCAACGACCAAUAUCCUAUUGUCAAUUCUCCCCUCUAGCUGUCACAGAUUUCCUUGUAAACUAGUUAUGAGAAUUUGGUGUUAAAUGAGGAUAACAAAAAUCUACCUGAUAAGUUUUAGAAUUCUCAUGACCUGUUUGCUGGAUAAAGUAGGGAUAUUAUCGGAAGAAGUUUCAUGCUUAUUUCUUGUGGAAAUUAAAAGGUUAAACAAGUUUUUUUUACUAUACAAAAUAGCCAACUACUCAUCUAAUAUCUAAGGACAUUUGUACUCGAUACGCGCUUUAUUUAAACUCUACUUAGUACAUUUGGAUAACAAAAUUACUUAUACAAAAGCUGCCAGAGUGCUAAUUUAAGUUUUUUCAUGCACAGAAAUGGUGAUCUUGAUUGUGUUCGGGUGUUGUUGGAAGCCUGCCCAGAGUCAAUUCACAUAACCGACUUUUGCCUCCAAAAUUGUUUGCAUUUUUCUGCUUGGCACGGUCAUCUUGCAGUCACAAAAUAUCUGUUGGAUCAAGGAGCUGCUGUCGACAGCAGGUGAAUGAAACGAACCGAGAGAAUUUAACCAUUUACUUUAUCAGGAAAUUGUACUUCAAGCCAGCUUCACCGACGAUAUUUUGAAGAAGACAUCGGUAAAAUGAAACGAAACGAAGUUCUCCUAAUAGUUAAUACCAACUCUUUGAAAAAAAUGUUCUCUGAAAUCACUUUUUAAGCAUACACCUUUCCUGACUUUGAAGACAAUUAUCUAGUAAUGAAGCGACAAUUUUGUAAAUUUGUAGAUGCGAUGAACGCCUGACUCCGCUAAUUCAGUCGGCAUUUUGCGGUUGUAAUUUAACAACUAGCCUGUUGUUGGAUCACGGAGCGAAGAUUGAUGCUACAGACAAGAACGGGGUACGAUAUUUCGGUUGUUUGUGUCGAAAACAUACCACAAUCUUUUUUACAGUUAGAUUUCUUCUAAUUGGUUUUGUGCAGACGCUCUAAGUUGUCAUUUAUUACUCACAUUGUAUGUCACACUGUAGGCCAUGAUUCGCUAACUAUUACUUUUUCACUGACACGCUCUUGAACUUUUAACUGUGUAAUUUAAAAACCAGGCAGUCAGUCUUUUAUUAACCAAACUUUAUCGCUUGGAGACGAACUUAUAAAGUGUUUAAAACAUAUGUGAUCUUCAUUAAAAGAUAAGAUGCUCUCAACUUGAAGUCGCUUUCUGAGACUUAUAUUUUCUUUUUAAUUCAAUCUUCAGUGCACCGCUUUGAUUGCUGCAGCAUCUCGAGGUAGGGUGAGUGUUCUGCGGCUGUUGUUGGACCGAGGAGCGGACAUUCGACUUGUAACAACUGACGGUAAAAACUGCCUGGAAACUGCAAUAGCUAACGGUCACCAAGAUGUCUGUAUGGAAAUUAUCAAGCAUGAGAGGUAAACUCAAAACUGUUCCGAUUCAGCAAUCCGACUUUCCACGCGACACAAUGGACCAUUUCUUCAAAUCUAAAACAAGUAACAGUUUGACCAAUCAUUCAGUGCGCAGCAAGAAGAACUGCACAGUUAGGAUUUAGCCAAAAUCCUAACAACUGUUUAACAGUCAAACAGCGGUUAAAGAGAUAUUCUUUAGUUAAAACCUCUUUCCGAGGCUUCACCGGUGCACAACUUCCAUCGUUGCCUAUUUUCAGGUGGAAGGAAGCUUUUCCAGUGUGUGACAAAAGAAGCAAUUUCAUUCCAUUAAAAAGUCUCAUUGAAACGUUCCCUUCUGUGGCCAAGGUGAGAGAUACAACGAACUGAAAAAAGGAUUUUCACCAUAAAAGAAAAGUUUAUUAAAAAUUGGUCGUUUACUGCUCUGAAUUACUGUUAUCUUUUUCAGGUGGUUAUGGAUAAAUGCAUUCAGAGUUCCCAUCACCUACGAACAGAUGAGGAUUACUCGGUAUGAAUGAAAGAGCUCCUAAAGGAUCAAAAUUAAACGUUUCUUUAAUUAGAUACCUUCAGGUGUAAAGUACUCCAUAAAUGUACUUAUUCUUGACAGAAAAUUACACUGUUACAAAAUGUCUUUGAAAAUAUGACUUAGGUAUUUUUUUGUUGUUGUUGUUGUUGUGCAACAGGCGCAAAUUAAUGAAAUUAUUUUGUUAUUUAUUCCUAGGUUACUUAUGACUUUAAAUACGUGAAUCCCCAUCCCUCCCUGCUUAGCGAUGGACGAGUCUUCUUUGCUCCAAAGGUGAUAACAACGUCAACAUCAGCUGAUCGGCUGAGGGCUAUAGAAUGAUGUUUAAGUAAAUAGAGUAAUAUUCCUACCAUGCUUAAGCGACAUAAGGAAACAAGAUGGUGAUAAAGGAGAAAUUGACAGCUUGAAUUACAGACGAUAAUUUUGAUAGAGCUGAAAUCAGGACUUGACGUAACAAGCCUUUCUAGGGAAAGAUAGAUUAUUAUUACCCAUGACUCGCAAUUAAAUAAACAGAGAAGAUUCCGAUGCAAUAAGGAUUAAGACAUCUAAAUCUGGAUUUCUGGAUCUCAUUACAGACAAUGCUGGACUAUGGAAGAGAAGAAUUGAUUUUUCAUCCACUUAUCAUCGAGCUGAUGCGAUGUAAAUGGUAAGAUUGUCCAACACUUUUUUUUUUUUAGCAACAGGUCCCUCUCGAUCAAGAGUCUGACCUGCUGACCACUUUGUCAAGCGUCUCACACGUGACACAACUAAUGAGAGUAAUCUCAUCUUUUCAAUUGACAAACGUCUUCUUUUAACAGGCAGCAUAUGGGCGUCAGGUAUUUUUACAUCUCUGCCGUGAUUUACCUGUUUUACCUUGGAAACUUGACGCUUUACAUGUUGUGCAUUCAACAUCUUUGUUUGCUCAAUUCCGCCCGACCAGUUAUAUCAACCAGACAGGUACGAAACCCACUGAAACCUUUUCCAGAUUUGCCGGCCUAUAUAUAUAUAUAUUCUUUCACGAUGGAUCGUUUAGAGUUGUAUCACGUGUCAUCUUCUUUCAGAAUGUGUGUAUCUUUGCUCGCAUAAAGGUCUGGGAGAUUUUCAUUGCAGUUAUGACAGCUGUUUAUUUGCUGAUAGAAAUGCAUCAAGCAUUCUGGGAAGUGAGUUAUUUGUUGAUUCGUUUGGCUUUUUUGUAGGUUUGCCUUUCUAUGGGAUUGAUAACUGAAAAUAAUUCAGUAAAUGUAAUAAUUAUAUUAAAUUUAUCUCCUUUAAUUUUUUUUUUUUUUUAACGAUCUCGUUCCUCUUUUCAUUUGUGGCAUCGCUUCUCCCAUUUACCAAACGGAGAGCCCUGGGACCUGGGGAAGGUCAUGGACGAGAAAAAAAAUCCAGUAUCGCAAGUGUUAUAGUAAUUAGCAGGCCAUCUAAAAAACUCAAGAAUGUACGAGUAGUUUGUGACAGAACUCAAGUCAUUUUGUUCAAAAUGCAAAUUUAUGACAACCAUGAUCUGGUAUUUGUUUGAUUUUUCACAUCGCAGACAUGGAACUACAUUGAAUUAAGUAACAUUGCUGAUGUUUGCACCUUCUCAACGGCACUCAUUUCCAUUUUUCCUGAGCCUUUGGGUUUGGAAUUUCAUGAUAAAUGUGUUUUCCUUGUUAUUUCUGUGCUGUUUGGAUAUCUCACGCUUUUACUGUAUCUGCAAAGGUUGGUUAAAAUGUAUUACUUUUAAACCCAAUAUCUGUAUUUACGAAGGGAAAUUUGAGGGGUUUUAUGCUUGAGACAUUUCAGCUCUUUUGCGUUACUGUUCAGAGUACUCUGAGGUAUAAAGUUGUGUAGGUAAACUUAAGUUGCGAACAUGAAGGCCAAUGAAGGCCAAUGCCGUCGGUGCUGUUCUUAGUUUCAGCGACAAAAAGGGAUGAGGAUCGAAUGUAUUUUGUCCAGUUCCUCUGAAAGGUCUCUGUUACUCAUCAAACCUCCGGAUGGCGAGAUCUGCUUUGAAAGUAAAUUGUCUUGUCCAAGAAGACAGCGUAAUGGCCUUGGAAUGAGCCUUGUAUUUUCGAUCGGGAGUCCAGCGCAGUAGAAAACCAUGCCACUUGUUAUGAGGUUAAACAUUUCGCUAAAAACGAUUGAGAAAAACCAACUAUUCACGAUGAAACGUUACAGCAAUUGAAUGGGUUCUCUUUUCUUUCAGUGUAUUUGAAUCUGGAAUACACGUCACCAUGCUUUUUGUUGUGCUGAAGACAUUAGGCAAGGUUUGUGAUUAAUUCUGAGAAUCUUAUUUGUGAAAAAUAAGCCCAAUUACAUACAGGAGGCAGCAUGCUCGAGAGGUGAGCGCAGUCCGGAAGUCCUGAGUCCCUGUUUUGCUCUGACCGUAAAAUGAGUGCAAGUGAGACGUUGCAUUUAAGCUUGUUAGACUUUUUUUCAGUGGAGUGCUAGCCAGUUGUAUAACUAUACUCACUAAGAGCACUCCCUUUGGGAAAACAAAAACUUAGAGUUUUUCCUUUAAUAGUUCUAUCAAUUAAAUAUUGUCCGAUCCAGAGGAGUGUGUUAUUUAAAGAUAAAUAAAAUGAAUAAAUAAGUACAUAAUGAAUAGAAAUGGCCUCGAUGCCACAUGUCUGAUGUUAUUUUUAGUAACAGUAUUUCCGGACUAUAUGAAGCAUUUAUUGCUUGGUGAGGUGUUGUUGCUGUCUUUCUUUUCAGGUGGCAGUGAUGUUCUUCAUAUUAAUCUUUGCUUUUGCUUUGGUAUUUCAAAUGCUUUUAUCAAAGGAAGCAAAUGUAAGUGUUUAUUCUUCAGCUUAAUUUCGCUUUAACGCGAAUGUUUCUUGUAUAAUUAAAAAGUAUUAAGACGUGCAUUAAGUCUUCACGGCUAUUUUAUGCACGUCCUCACCUCACCCAUUUUAAGUUUAACUCAGCAUGAUGAAUUUGAUAGCUUUUCUGUUCAAUUUCCUCCAAAGUCAAUGUACAUCCAUCAGUCAUGAUGCGUCGAUCAAUCAAUAAACCCCUUUGCUACUUAGGAUCUCUUGAAAUACGAAUGAUUUUUGCCCUCUGUCCAAUAUCUACACUGUCUACCUGGUUAAACCAGCUUUCUGUCCCAUAACAUGCAACCUAACUUUAAGCUGUAUGGGCGAUUUUCCCUCCUAACUUCCACCAUCUUUUACAAUGCAGGCCAUAGCUCUCAACAUGACAAUGAAUGGAACUUUGUUGGGAGAUAUUGAUAAGGUACGUCAGGCAAAAAAAACUUCUUCUUCUGACAUUUCUCCCCUGAAAAUGAACGUUUUCAAUCUCAUCCAUUAGUUUUUGUUUGUUUUUUUGUUUUAAUAGGACCCAUUUCAGUCAUUACGUUUCUCUUUUGUGAAGGUGGUUGCCAUGACAAUCGGUGAAAUCGAAUACACCCGCUUUUUCAUUGACCAGCGGCUGUUUUCGCCGACCUUAAGCCAGGCAGUGUUCUUGGUAUUUUGUGUCAUGAUGCCGAUUGUACUUAUGAAUUUGACGGUUUGUACAAGUUCACACUCAUUUUGUAAUUGUUAUUGGUCUUUUGCGUUGUGUUAGACUGGAUGACAUGUUUGUUAGAUUGAAACCAUAAUGACCUGAUUGGUUGAUAUAAUAAGACCAAAAACUCAAGUAUCACCCAAUCACCAUAAUUCGUCUGACGAUUUUCCCGCGCUCCUGCGUGAACAUGACAGAUCCUUACCAAACUAGGUUACCGGCUUAUCGCUGGCAUGUUGUUUCACCUCACUCCCUUUCAGAGUCUAAAUUUCCAGCCUAAUAGCUAUUUUUAGGUUUGAUUCAAAAGCUCUGUUUGCUUUGGAGCACAAUUCGUUAAUUCAUGUCUCGAUUUUUUUUUCAGAUUGGUCUCGCUGUUGGUGAUAUCGAUUCCAUUCAGCAAAAUGCCGAAUUUAAACGUUUAUCUAUAAAAGUAUGCUCUUACUAGUACUUUCCAGUCCAUAAUAAAAUGGAUUUAAAUGAGCAGCCUUUCUAACUUAAUUACUGAAGGGCAAAUGGCUAAUAGGAGAGGACUAACAUCGGUUUUCCUGUUUCAUUCACUAGUUAGUAUGUAACAUUUAUUUUAAAACUCUAAAUCAAUAGGGUAUGGUUCAAUACUUCAUUUUUGGUAGCAGGGUUUACAAACAACGAGUUGCGGCUUUGACGUUUAAGGCCAUAUUAGCAUACAAUACGUGCUAGCCUACGUAGAUUGCAAUCCCUUUGUGCGCUUUGCAGCGUCGCAUAAACGAGCUGCAAAGUCGUAGCAGACUUAAGACGCGGUGCCGCCCGGAAAAAAGCCAGCUACGCAGACUUUGGAGCGGGGAAAUACGAAACGCCCGCAAAUCCCUAAGCUUAUAAAGAUGAAUGAAGUAAGUGGACUUUGCAGCUGUUUUCCGUGAUUAUAAUUCCAUUGAGUAACGCUUCUUGCAAACUUCUUCAGAUCGAAGUUAUCCACGAGUUCCACGAAAAAUCGCCCCUGUGGCUUCUUCAUCGUUUACAUCAGCCAAAGUCGGUUAAACAGCCGAACAGGAAGGCAAAAACUAUACUGCACAAAAUAAAGGUUGGUGGAUGUUCACGAGACGUCUCUUACUGGUUUAUGUUAAAACUUGUAUAUUCAUUGAAUUUAAGAUUUAACAGGAGCCCAUUACCCGCAGCCUCCAUACCAAUUGUACCCUUGAGUCAACCCUGUCCCGUAUCUUUUUAUUUUCAGAACUGAGAUAUGUGGGGGGUUCUGUAAUUUCCCGUGAAAACACGCUGAGGUUCGCAUAACACCCUAACAAAAAUGGCAGCCAAAGAUUCCUUCUCUGCGUGUGACGAAAACAAUAGAGGACCACAGCUCUCUUAUGAUUGGCUAUUAUAUAAACACCCGCGACAAACCCCAUGGGAGGUGCUUCUAAAAAUAAAAAGAUACGGGAGGGUAAAUAUGGAAGAUGGAAGCUCCGGGUAAUGGGCUUCUGGAUUUAUAAAUGACAAUAACAUGCACAGUAUUAACACAACCUGGAGAAGUCUUUCUCAAUAACUCCGCAGGCCGAAGGUAAAUUGAAUUAAUCAGCUAAAAGCAACAACAACAACAACAACAUAAAUAUUGAUAGAACAAAUGAAAUCACAGUGAUCUGUCUCACAUCCAUCAUGUGACUUCAUGUGAAUUCAUGUUUUCGAAUGUUAAUGUUGUUUGAUUCAGGGCUUAGGGAACAGACUGGUCAGCGGAAAAAAAACAAAAUACACGGUAGAGGACGCGGAAAGAAAUUUGGCUGAUCACCUGACAAAGAUUUUGACAUCAAGAAUGAAGGAACAAGAUGAUAGGUAACAACAACGAAAACAACAACAAAAAUAACAAUAACAACGACAGAACCACAAUAAUCAACAAAACAACUUAAUUUAACUCUUCAAGGCUCUCUAAAAGUUACCUUAAUACAUUUAAGGCACCCUUAUAACAAAACUUUGGGACUGGUUUUAAACAAUAUGUUAUUAGAGACUUUUGUACGAUGGCGUGCGGAAUCAAAACCGCAAAUAUUUAAUUGCACAGGACAUCAAUUUUCAAAUCCGUGUGGAUUUUCCCGGCAGCUUGAAAAAAAAAACUAAGUAGCGAAUCCCACAGACUUAAAUUGAAGGCCGAUGCAACGCUUCAUCUAACUCAUAAAAUCUCUGAUAGCCAAUUUGAAAAAAUGUUUAUUUUAUUUUUGGUUCAAGCUAAAAACUAAUAAGGCUCGGUGCAAUUAUUUGCGUGAUUUAUUAUUAAUCGUAGGUCUCUGCCUUUUUAUCCCAGAAUCAGUGGUAUAACCCUGGAAAUGAAGGAACAACGAAAACUGCUCGAGUCACUGCUCCAAAGGAUGCCCGGGACUGAAGCACUAAGAACUUUGAGCGACGAUUAAAAAAAGGGAAAAACAUGAUCAUAGAACAGUCAGACAACAAGGAAAAAUAAGGGUUGAACACUGACAACCGUGGGUCUUUGCUCAUGGUAUGAGAGCCUAGCUAUGCUAUGAAAGUUAAAAGUUUCGUCAACCUUCGGCAAAAAACAUCAUAGUAGCCAGUCGUAGUUUUGCCUCUAGGAGCCAGGAAUUUACUGGUUGAUUUUAAUGUUACAGAUGGUCCCAGGAAAGCAUGGAUUUUCGCUUUUCUGACAGGGUCUCUUUCAGUGACUAAAACUAAACUGAUUUAUGGAUUGAUUAAAGGAAAAUUACUAUUACAUGUUACUGGAGUAUAGGUCGUAAAAAGGAAACGAG